AGCAGAGGCUGGCUAGAGAGCCGCUUCCGCCCCGCUAGUCCUCCUUCCCAACAUGGCGCAGUCGGUGAACAUCACCGAGUUGAACCUGCCGCAGCUAGAAAUGCUCAAGAAUCAGCUGGACCAGGAAGUGGAGUUCUUGUCCACGUCCAUUGCUCAGCUCAAGGUGGUCCAGACCAAGUAUGUGGAAGCCAAGGACUGUUUGAACGUGCUGACCAAGAGCAACGAGGGGAAAGAGUUACUCGUCCCCCUGACGAGUUCUAUGUACGUCCCUGGGAAGCUCCAUGAUGUAGAGCACGUGCUCAUCGACGUGGGGACCGGCUACUACGUAGAGAAGACAGCGGAGGAUGCCAAGGAUUUCUUCAAGAGGAAGAUAGACUUCCUCACCAAGCAAAUGGAAAAAAUUCAGCCAGCUCUCCAGGAGAAGCAUGCCAUGAAACAGGCUGUCAUGGAGAUGAUGAGUCAGAAGAUUCAGCAGCUCACAGCCCUGGGUGCCGGCCAGGCUACUGCCAAGGCCUGAGAGCGGGUGCCUGCAGCGCACUACAGCGGGGACCGGCCCGCAGUCCGCACCUGGAGCCUCGGGCUCUGUGGGCGUGGCUUGCCCGUGGGCGUGGCUUCUCGAGGGCGUGGCUUCCCGGCGCGGUGGGGGGAGCAAUGGGGCUUGUGUUUCCUGCAAAUAAACGAGUCAGCUGGG